AGUCGGAAGUCGAUGCACAGCCGGCCGCGGACGGGGAGGAACGUGCCGGGACUAGACGAGCGUGACGUGCUGGGCCGAGACGGAAGGACAGACUGACGGGAGCAUGAAGCCCGCUGUGGAUGAGAUGUUCCCCGAGGGUGCCGGGCCCUACGUGGACCUGGACGAGGCGGGAGGCAGCACCGGCCUUUUGAUGGACUUGGCAGCCAAUGAAAAGGCGGUCCAUGCGGAUUUCUUUAAUGAUUUCGAAGAUCUUUUUGAUGAUGAUGAUAUCCAGUGAAAUGAUUUCCAGCUAUGGAAACCCAAGAUGUUAAUUCUUUGUUUUGUAGCAAUAGCGUGAAUACUCUUUUAUUUAAUCAAAAGACGGUAUGUGAUCUCUAAAGAGCUUCUGGAAAUACUCAAAAGUUGGGAAAUGGUUACCAAAACAGGAAAUUAAUUAUGAAAAAAUGUUAACCAUUAAGAAGCUACUGGUAGAUAUCUUUUAAUAUCGGCUGUUUUCCUUGUUCGAAUAAAUAUGAAAAAAGUUUUUAUUUGCA